AUCCCACACAUAUAUAGAAUAGAACAGAUAGAUGACAUAUAUUUGAGUAUUGAAAGAGAAAAAGCGAAUUGAGAGAAAGAUGUGGCCAUUCAGUAGAAAAGGGGCUUCUGGCUUUUCAUCAUGCUCCACUGCUGAGGAAGUUACUUAUGGAAUCGAUGGUAGUGGCCUCACUGCUAUUGUUACAGGGGCAUCUGGUGGUAUUGGUGCUGAGACAACUCGUGUUCUUGCUAUGCGUGGUGUCCAUGUGAUUAUGGGGGUGAGAAACAUGAAUGCUGCAAAAGAUGUUAAAGAAGCAAUACUUAAGGAGAUUCCCACGGCUAAAGUUGAUAUCAUGGAAUUAGACCUUAGUUCAAUGGCAUCAGUUCGGAAAUUUGCAUCAGAGUUCAUUUCAUCUGGUCUUUCACUAAACAUUCUGAUAAACAAUGCAGGAAUUUUUGCAACCCCUUUCACGCUGACUGAGGACAACAUUGAACUACAAUUUGCCACAAAUUACAUGGGUCAUUUUCUGUUAACAAAUCUGUUGUUGGAUACUAUGAAGAAAACAACUCAUGAAAGUAAGAAACAAGGAAGAAUUAUUAAUAUUUCCUCCAUGCUUCAUCAAUGGACAUAUGGUGGAGGAAUCCUUUUUGAUAAAAUUAAUGAUCCAUCAAGUUAUCAUAAUUGGCUUGCAUAUGGACAAUCAAAGCUUGCUAACAUUUUACAUGCCAAUGAACUUGCAAAACGUUUCAAGGAAGAAGAGGUAGAUAUUACUGCUAAUUCUCUUCAUCCGGGAGCUAUUCUCACCAAUAUUUUUCGUCACAGUGCGCUGGCUGGUGUAAUUAAUACGUUCGGGAAAUUCGUGUUUAAAAAUGUCCAGCAGGGAGCAGCAACAACAUGCUAUGUAGCAUUGCACCCACAAGUGAGGGAAAUCAGUGGCAAGUAUUUUGUAGAUUGUAAUAUUGGCAGAGCAAACUCACAGGGAAGGGACAUUGAGUUGGCCAAGAAACUUUGGGAUUUUAGCAUCAAUUUGAUUAAGUAGAAUACCCAAUGAAUUAGGUUUGGACCUUUUGAAUAGUGAAUUCAGACAUGAUUCUAUGAAAUAAUUUCCCAUGUGCACCUGGAGUUAACACAUCCUAUGUGAUUUUGAUUUACAUAACUUGAUUGUAGUUUUGUUCUCUAGAGAAUUAUUUUCAUCAGUAUUUUUCUAAGCAGAUGAUGUCAUGCCAAUUGCUUAAUUUUAUAGUUAUAUAUGUUUCUAU